CAUGCGAUCAUAGUGCAGGUUGCGCGCGACCUGAUCGGAUGUAAGCUCUAGUAAUGUGAGGUUCACUUCAGAUGCGAACUUGAUCUGUCUGAAAACUUUAUUUUAUUCAGUGAUAAUUUGAAGCGUAUGUAAUUUGUACACUUUGAACGACUUUGUGCAUUGUUUUGCUGUUGACUAUAGCCACGUGUGUUUGAGUUUGUGACGUGAUAGUUUAAAUUGUUUGAAUGAACUUGAGAAUUGUCGUCGCCGAAUGUUUUUAAGUGAAAAUGAAGGUGUGGGAAGAUUCUGUAUCCAUGUGGACGUCGUCUCGUCUGGGUGUGGUGGCACUAAUUGAGACUAUCGUGAUGCCCGUCUGUUCACUUACCCGCUUGUACGAACAAAGUUUGUGGACAUCCUAGUGCAAUGAAGUUGACUGUAGGAUUACCAACCCCACGAGUUAAUCGGAAGGUUAUGAAAGGAUUGGCCACAAAGCGAACAGCUGUCGGCCAGCAGCGACUCAUAUCCGCAAGGACACAGGAGAGGACAACAGUAGAUCCUUGUGACAACUCUAAUGAUUCUGGACUUGGAUUUGACCAUCACCUGGAGUUCCAGCAAGCAGCCAGGUCAACUGUGAGAUUUGCAGACCAGGAGGGUUCCUGGGUAAACGAGCAUUCUGAAGUAAAGCGCAAGAAGUUGGAGAUCAAACUGGAAUCUGAUGAUGCAAAUGACAAUUUUACUUUCCCAGAAACAAUGAGCAGAAGAGACAAGAAAGGUGAAGAAACAGAAAGAGUAACACCAAGGACUGGGGAAGCUCUUGGGCAUUCAGAGACAGCGUCAGUAACAGUGGCCCGUACACAAGGCCGCCCCCAGGCCAUUGUGAGCCGACGCUGUGGAGGAGUGACCCUGGCAUCUCAACUGAUGGGGAUGAGUCGGGAUGGCAAGACACAUUUGCAGAUCCUCUGUCAGCCAGAACAGCAACACCGGGCUCGAUAUCAGACAGAAGGAAGCCGUGGCGCUGUUAAGGACCGCAGUGGGAACGGUUUCCCUGUAGUGAAGUUGGUGGGCUACAAUAAGCCAGCUACGUUGCAAGUUUUCAUUGGAACUGAUGUUGGACGUGUCGCUCCACACAUGUUCUAUCAGGCAUGUCGUGUCAGUGGUAAGAACUCGACACCGUGCAUGGAGAGAAAAAUUGAUGGCACCAUUGUCAUUGAAGUUGACUUUGACCCUGGAAAGGACAUGGUCAUAACGUGUGAUUGUGUUGGUAUCUUGAAGGAACGAAAUGUGGAUGUAGAACAUAGGUUUCCAGAUCAGUCAGGAUCACGUAACAAGAAGAAAUCUACACGGUGCCGCAUGGUGUUUCGUACCACAAUCACACAUCCUGAUGGCACCACAGAGAUUUUGCAAACAACCUCGCAGCCUAUUGUUUGUACCCAACCUCCAGGUGUGCCUGAGAUCUGCAAGAAGUCUCUGUCAGGAUGCCCUUGUACAGGGGGCAUGGAGCUGUUCAUUCUGGGCAAGAACUUCCUGAAGGAUACACGAGUAGUGUUCCAGCAUGGUGAUGCAUUGUCAGAGACACCUUGGGAGGAAUCUGUCCAGCCAGACAAAGAGUUCCUCCAACAGACUCACCUAGUAUGUGUGGUACCUCCAUACCGGCGGGUGGACCUGACCGAUCCAGUUACAGUAAGGCUUGUGGUGGUGUCCAGUGGAAAGACCAGUGAACCCCACACUUUCAUAUAUACCCCUACACUUCAGCCACCAGCUGUGGUUCCAGGAGGCACGCAACCAUGCGUUACACUGGUACAGUCGGCAGUAUCUCAUCCAGGUGCAGAGGUGUCGCAUGUAUUUGCCAGGUCAACACUUGUGCCAGGUUCUGGGCUUAUGCUGCCUGAUACUGGGCCCAACCCCAUUGUAAAUGGGACUGCAAAGUCCAGCCCCAAGAAAAUUGGAGAGACAGAGGUCCACCCUGUCAUGAUGUGGCAGUCAUCAUCUGUUCUUCCUCUCCAAGACACCUCAAAAGUGGAUAACAGAGCUCUAGAACCAAAGGAACUAGACCGAGUUCUGAGGGGAAGGAUGAUGCCUCCACCACUGUUACCCAUUGGAACACGCAGAGCUUCCUCAAACUUGCGUUUGAUAGUGCCAGACGCAGAUCCAGCCUCUCUGAUGCCAGAAAAGCUGAAGACUGAGCUGACAGAAGAAACGAAUGGCAAGAUUCCUGAAGACGUGAAGGGCAUUGAUCUGCGCAUGAAGCCUAUAGCAACUGUGGCAGAUCUGUCCAGCACUCAGUCACCAACCAUGGCUACAUUUCGACAGUUUGUGACAGGCAGUACCAGUGUGCCUCUCCCAAACCAGAGUGCACAUAGUGUGGAAAAAUACUUAUCAAAUCUUGAACAUGCCACUGACACUUCUGUGGUCGCAAAACCUACUUCAAAUCACCUAGCAUCAUCAUGCAAGAUAGCUGACCCUGCAGCUCCCACUGCCUCUCAGAUUUGUUUGAGUACACACACAGGCAAUCCUUCACAGUUUGACUCAACCUCAGCACUGUUUGGACAGCAACAGUCUGCCACUGCCACUUCUACAGGCACCGUAGAUCCGAAACUUCAGUAUGCAAGUGACUUACCCAUGCCUCUGUUGUACAGUGCACAGACAACUGUCACAAUGGCAGGGCAGGAGUGUAAACCUCAAUUUUCUGUUGAACAGGCAACUCUACUGCAACAGGCCAGUGCAGUUCAACGCAAGUCCAUGUUUGAUAAUACAUUAACCAUCACUCCCACUGCUGAGUCUGUUAUUGGGGGUAUGAGACCCAUAAUGAUAAUGCAGGAAUCUCAGAAUGUUGAAAAUCAGAUAUCAAGUAACAAUGCCUGUUCCACUCUGGUUGAAUCCCUGGAUCAAAAUGUAUCCAUGAUGAACACUGUGUCUGAGGCCCCAGAUCUUUUGCAGACAUCAUCUAGUCUGAUGUAUGGCAGUCCUGAGAGAGGUGCCAUAAGUUCUCUUCAUCCUGCUUCAACACAGUCUGCAGAAGCAAGCGUGCUGGAUAGUUUGUCCAAAGGGAGCAACUCUGUAGGAAUUGAUAAUAGCGUUCAUGAUUCCUCCCUGCUGUCUGCUCCACAACCAAUAUUGGGCGACCAGAUGUUGGCAGUUACACAGCCAUCCAUUAUUACUUCUUCACAGAGUGCAAGGUUAGAUGCAUUGGUCUCCUCAGCAAUGAACAGUCAUGUCUUGGGCUCAGGUAACCAUGUCCAGUCUUCAGACACCGAGAAGUUGGAUGCACUGGUGAACUCUGCAGCUGUUAGCCACAUGAUACCUACUUCUGCAGAUGACAUCAUGUUGAGCACACCGGUUCAGGCACCUUUGAGGCAGCAAGAUGUUGCAUCAGCAGACCAGAUGGCUUCCAUUCCUAUCAAAAAAAUGCCAGAUGCUGGUUUGGGGAGUUUUGAUCUCAUGCCAACUGAGCAUUCUAACACUCAGAUUUCUCAGGAGAGUGCUCAGCUGCUGAACAGUGCUAUGUCAGCAGCCUUGAAUGAGCAUCUGCUUGCCACAUCCAGUCAGGCUCAAGUCCAGGCAGAUGCCCAACUUAGCAUCACCACUCCCACUGUGUCAUCCAUCCCUGGAAGCACAGUUUAUACCAGUCAUGGCCAGACCUCUCCUGUUGUCUUGAAGGACCUGAUCCUGAACUCUUCUAUUGCAACCACUGCUGAACGUCAAAUUCUUGUUGCACGUCCUACAUGCACCUCACCUGCUGAUGUCAAGAACAUGAUUCUGGGAUCACCAGAUGCUUUGCCCCAUAAUCAAAUUCUUGCUUCCAGUUCUACAUCGCCAAUUGCUGUAAAGAAAAUGGUUGCUGUGGCAUCACCUGAAAGUCAGGUGCUUGUUGCUGGAACUGCUAAUGCUCCCAUUGAAAGCAUAAUGAAUGCAUCUAUUACACAGCAGGGGAAUGGCCAAGUUAUUGUUACCAGUCCCGCUUGUACUUCGCCGAUAGCCAUUAAAACCAUGAUUCUUGAAUCUGCGACAUCUGAUCCUUGCUUGGCAAACCCUGCCCACACUUCACCUAUUGCAGUAAAAACCAUGAUUUUGAACUCUCAGCUUUCAGGCAGUAUGGAAGAGAGUUUGCUGCCUAUGGAUGAGAGUUUGCUGCCAAGAACAACCCAGUCAGCACACAUAUCUGAAGAGAAUGCCAGGCUUGAUGCGCUGGUUCAGUCCACCCUGAAUGGCCAUGCCUUUGUAUCAAGUGCAACACAAGUAACACCAGCAAUGGAUAUUCACACAGGGGAUGGCAUCACAAUUUUGUCCCAACAGGCACAUGUGCAGCAGUCAUGUAAAGCCCCCUCCACAGCCUCACUCAUUUCACAACCUCCAGCAUGCAUAACCACACUUGUCACCCAGCCAUCAGAACCCUCAUCUCAUUUGUCUGUUCCAGCUGUAACAACAGGUGAUGCAUUAAUCAACACAAUAUUUACAACAAGUAGGAGUCCCACAAACCAAAACUCUCAUGUAGAAACUCACUGUUUCAACAAUGAAGAGGUUGUGAUAGUUGGAACAGACUCCCAAACACCUUGUUGUACUGGUGGCAGUGCUUUGCUCCAUGCCUCUCAGUUCACAACUGCAUCUUCCAACUCACAGAGCUUACUUACUGGAAUAACAAUGUCAUCUAAAGUGGCUGAAGAACUGGUGGCACAAAGCAGAAAUAGUUCUCCAGGGUUUGUCACCCAAAUGCUGCUUGGUCUGGCAGCAGAUGGAAAGAUGAAGAAGGAUUCAGAAAUUUCAUGUAUGUCUAGGGAUAAGACUACAGAGUCCCUGCAGUGUCAGACAAACUUUUCUGAAAGUAAGUUACCUGAAGCAAGACUCUUUGCUGCACCUGAAAUGCUGAAAGCAGCAGUAGGAGAUGUACCAAAUUCAUGCGGCCAAAGUCAGGUCACAGCAAUGAAUGGCUUAGUGAUCACUAAGGAGCAGUCGCAGGAGGUGCAGGAGCAGCAGUGCAAGCGGCAGCAACAUUCCGCCAUGCCGCAGACCACAACAUGUGUGACAGAGCCUACUGCAACCACUCCUGGACAUCCUCAAAAGAAGGGUGAAGAGGGGAUGGUACCACAGGAGCUCACGCAGAUGUCUGAGAAUGAUCUUCUGAGCUACAUCAACCCUAGUGCUUUUGACCAAGUGUGAAUGGUCAAAGUCAAAUGGUUCUCAGCCGCAGUAUUACUACUUCGUGGGACUCAUCUUAUGGUUAGAUUCCAUACGAAGGGUAAUUGCUUUUUGUUGCAAUAUUGUGUAUGUAACUUUGUAUUAUAGUAAUCUCAGCUGUAAGACCAUGCCAGUACAACCUGAAACUAAUUGUGUACGCUUUGAAUUUGUAUAAACUGAUUGUGGGAGUGGCAAAGUGUUGGCAGGCCAUUGUACAGUGCAUGUAAUGCAGAGAUCAGUGAUGUACAGUCAUAGAUCAGAGAUUUGUAGUAUAUAGUGAAAAACAUAUUUUUUACAAAUGGUAUGGUUACAUGGUAAGACUGGGAAUUAGGUUGGUAUUGCAUUUUGAGAGGCAACAGAAGGUAGGUUUAGUGCAAACAGAACUGACCCUUGUAACGGAUCCAAAGGCUAACAGAACUGGUUCCUUAGUGCAAAUGUAAGGCUAAUUCAAACAGUUUCUCACUUCUCAGUUUCCUUUGUUGAUAGACUGAUAUUGUUUUAUUUAGUUCAGGUUUUGCUCAAUGUAUCUCAGUUGCUAUUGUUAGCAUUAACAUUAAGAUGUAUAUUGUAUAUUGAGAGAAGUGAUAGGUGUAUAAAUGGUCACAUUGUGGUAUUCAUACAGCUUUGCUAGUGUGUUAAUCAGAUUAGAUUAUAAAGAAAGGGUCGGUAUUUUUUUAAAUGCUAAACCUUCAUUGUUGGUUCAAAAGUACAUUUUUAAUGACUGUUGUAGAUAGUUGGUCAUGUUUGUUAAAUGUUUUUAUUUUUGUUGAUGAGUGUACAACAUAUUGUGUGUUGACUGCUAAAAAUAUGUAAUACACAAGUCUGUGUGAUGCAUGUAUUUCUGAUUGCAAAAAUGGAAUCAAAUAGUGUGUGACGGGAAAUGGGCAGUCUGACACUGUGUCUGACUUAGAAUUAUGUUCAAACCAUACCAGUAGAUAUUAAUGCAUUCGUUAUCCCUCAGAAGUUUCAUCUACAGAUUAUAUUAAAAAUACAAAAGAACACUGCAACAGACCAUCAUAUGUUUGUGUGUCAUAGUUGUUUUAGUUCCAAAAUUGUUGCAAUUAGACUUGAUUAUGCAGUGUAAAGUGAUGCUUAUUCACAUCACAGGAAUAAGUAUUUGUCUGUUAUAUGGGAUUUCUUUCUUUCUUUAUUUAUCAUACUCGGUACUCUGAACAUGGCCUUAUCUUACUGAAAAUGAAUUCAGAUUAUUUAUUCCUGUCAUUUUGGAAAUGUCACAUUUUUGGAACAGUAUCCAAAAUGUUUUACAACCUUUUCCCUUUGGGAAAUGAAAACUUUGCCUUUCGUUCAAUGAAAGGUUCCAGCUUGCCUGCUUUUCUGUGUUCUAGCGUUAUAAGAAUCUAUAUAUAAAAUGCAAAAGGUACUAUUGAAAAAUGGCUUUAUAAGUAUAUUACAGAAAUAAAACUUGUUCAGAAGUAUGUCAGGAGAAUUAUUUGAUUACUCCUGGUGCUACUUGUAAUUCAGUAGUGACAAUAACUAAAGUCAGUAAUUCCCUCAUUCAUAUGAUGACUGAAUGUAGAAGUAAUCUUCAACUUGGAAGUGCAUCAUGGGAACCUUUUCUGAGUCAUUUCAGUCGCAUCCACAUUAUCAUGUUUCCAAGAACUAUUUUAAUAAUACGAUCUUCCUGUCUUAUACAGAAUGAUCAAAAAGUCAUGUAGCCCAUACCUGACACGUGUUCUAUUUGUGAGAAAAUAAACUACACUGAAAUCAGAAAACAAAAAACAA